AUGCCUAGGAAGAGUGAUGUGGCGGCGAAGAUUGAGGAUGAUGACACCAGUCGAAGGAGAGGGAACAGAAGACCGGCAGCUGGCAGAGGAGGAGCCCGCGGCAGGGGCAAAAAGCCAGCCGAUGAAGAUGAUGAGGACGAGGAGGAAGAGGAGGCCCCCAGAACCCGCAGAGGAGCCAAUAAGAAGAAAGCUUCCAAGUCACGUGACAUCGACGAUGAAAGUGAGGAUGACGCCCCCAAGAGGAGACGAGGAGGAGCAGCAAACAAAAAGAAAGGAGGAAAGGCCCAGGACAGUGAGGAGGACAGUGAGGAGGAGAAGGGGAACAAAAGAAACAAGAAGGGAGCCGCAGGAAAGAAGGGGAAAGAAGAGGAGACCAAAGAUAAUAAGAAGAAAGGAGACGCCAAGGGGAAGGGCAAAGGAAAGGAGAAGGAAGACGAGAAGGACAAGAAGAAGAAAAAGAAGAAAGAGAGCAGCUCAGACACAGACUCUAACGCAGACUCAGAGGAGGAGUCCAUGUCGGAGGGAGAGAUGGAACGACUGAAGGAGGAGGUGGAGGAGAAGAAGAAGGUCAUAGCUAUUAUGAGGAACAAGCCCUGGCGAAUGAAGAGGAGGCUGGUAUAUCUGAAAGAAUGCCAAGAAUUUGUAGAUAAAUUUGAAGGGGCUCUGGGAAAAGGAAAAGGCAGGAAGUUUUAUGCCUAUAAAGUCAUGAUGAUGAAGAAAUGGAUCAAAUUCCAAAGAGAUUUUGAAAAUUUCAAAACGACUUGCAUACCAUGGGAACGAAAGAUAAAAGAGGUUGAAAGUCACUUUGGGUCCUCUGUUGCUUCCUACUUCAUCUUCCUGCGCUGGAUGUAUGGCAUGAACAUGGUCCUCUUUGGCUUAACCUUCGGACUGGUUGUGAUCCCAGAGGUUCUGAUGGGACUUCCGUAUGGAUCCAUUCCCAGAAAGACAGUGCCCAGAGCUGAGCAGCCUACUGCUCAAGACUACUCUGUCCUCAUGGACUUCAACGGGUAUUGCAAAUACUCAGUCCUCUUCUAUGGUUACUACAACAACCAGAGGACCAUUGGGCUGCUGAAGUUCCGCCUCCCGCUGUCUUACCUCAUGGUAGGAGUGGGGACUUUUGGCUACAGCCUGAUGGUGGUGAUACGAACAAUGGCUAAGAAUGCUGAUGUGGGGGGAGGGGACGGAGAUGACGGGGAGUUCACCUUUGCCUGGAAGAUGUUCACCAGCUGGGAUUACCUCAUCGGCAACGCCGAGACGGCUGACAACAAGUACGCUUCCAUCACCACCAGCUUCAAGGAGUCCAUCGUGGAUGAGCAGGAGAACCAAAAGGAUGAGAACAUCCACCUGAGGAGGUUCCUGCGUGUGCUGGCCAACUUCAUGAUCAUCUGCUGCCUGGGAGGAAGUGGCUACCUCAUCUUCUUCGUGGUGAAGAGGUCCCAGGAGUUUGCCAACAGGAACGACCUGAGCUGGUACGAGAAAAACGAGUUGGAGCUCAUCAUGUCCCUGUUGGGCCUGGUGUGUCCUCCCCUGUUUGAGACCAUCGCGGAGCUGGAGGAGUACCACCCCCGGAUCGCCCUCAAAUGGCAGCUAGGGCGCAUCUUUGCCCUCUUUUUGGGAAACCUCUACACUUUCCUGUUUGCCCUGUUUGAUGAGGUCAACAACAAGCUUGAUGAGGAGGUGUCCAUUAGGAAUGCGUCCAUCUGGGCCCUGAAGGAAUACUACGCUAACUUCACCCUCCACAACAAUGACACGGACGUCACCCCGCCCCCCAUGGACCCCUCUGAUGUCAUCAGGGGGCCAUGCUGGGAGACCGCCGUCGGCAUAGAGUUUGUGAAGCUGACCGUGUCAGACAUCCAGGUGACCUACCUGACCAUCCUGAUUGGUGACUUUGCGCGGGCUGUCAUUGUCAGGUUCCUCAACUACUGCUGGUGCUGGGACCUCGAAGCCACAUAUCCAUCAUAUGGAGAAUUUGACAUCAGUGGCAACGUUCUUGGUCUGGUCUUCAACCAAGGAAUGAUCUGGAUGGGUGCGUUCUAUGCUCCAGGGCUGGUAGGGAUAAACGUCCUGCGUCUCCUCUCCUCCAUGUAUUACCAGUGCUGGGCCGUAAUGGCCACUAACGUGCCCCAUGAGAGGGUCUUCAAAGCCUCCAAAUCCAACAACUUCUACAUGGGCCUCCUCCUCCUCAUCCUCUUCCUCAGUCUACUGCCUGUGGUCUACACCAUCAUGACCUUGCCACCCUCCUUUGACUGUGGGCCAUUCAGUGGGAAGGCCAAGAUGUUUGAUGUCAUCAUGGAGACGAUAGACCUGGACCUGCCUGCCUUUCUGGGAACACUGAUGGGCUAUGCAGCCAACCCUGGCCUCAUCAUACCAGCUGUGCUACUGAUGGUACUGGCUAUCUACUAUCUGAACUCGGUGUCUGAGGCGUAUCAACAUGCUAACGCAGAGCUGAAGAAGAAGAUGCAGAUGGCCAGAGAUGAGGAGAAGAACAGGAGGAACAACACUGAAAGCACAGACCAGGUCAUGAAGGACCUGGAGGACCUGCUCCCCAACCGCUCUCUCUUGCCCCCAGCUCCCCCACCAGAGACAGGUGCAGACAAUAAAGCAGACCAAGGUGGAAAGUCUACAAAGGUGAGGCCAGGAACUGCAGGCAAGGACGUGAACCUGCAGAAAGACGUGUCCCUGUCAUCACCAAAUCCCAACACUCGAGGCGCAGUGACCCGCCCACCGGGUCCCCGGGGGCCUGGACCUCUGCCUGGAAAUGGUCAGCAGGGGCCAGGAGGGGGACCAGGGCGAGGACGGGGGAGAGGACAGCCACCUCCAAGACCCUAGCUCCCAGAAGAAAAAGAAGAGUCAAGAUUUUUUAGAAAUCUAACAAAUGUUUAACUAAAGAAUUUGCAAAUGUAUUGAAUUGUACAAGAAAGUGUUGGAUUUUAGCUACUAAUUGCCUAAGAAGUAGGUUGGAGUAGGUUGGGGACUGUAAACUGAGUGUACAAAAUAUAAAGGACAAAUCAAAUCAAACUUUA